AUGGCUCCUAUCCAAUUUGGCACUCUUCUCUACGACUUCCAGGCGCUCGACGUCAUUGGUCCCAUCGACGUUUUCAAUUCAUGCAGCAAAGAGUACCUGAAAGAGUGCGAGCCCAUGAUGGAAGUCGACGCAGACGCAAUGUCUCGCGCCAAGGAAUUCAAUUUCCACUUCAUCGGUCUCAACCGGGACCCUGUCACCAUCGCCCGCAAACUAUCCUUCCUACCGACAACCACAGUGGAGGAAUGCCCCGAGCUUGACAUACUCCUUCUGGGAGGUCCUGAUCCCAGCACAUUUGAGCUUGAUCCAAAGUACGCAGAGUUCAUUCGACGACAUGUUGCAGCUGGGAAGUUGCUUUUGACUACCUGCACCGGAGCUAUGCUCGCUGCGCAGGCGGGUGUUCUGGAUGGCAAGAAUGCCACUAUCAAUCAUGGUGCCGUUUCCUUCAUGAAGCAGAAGUUUCCCAAUGUCAAAUGGACAGACGAGAAGAAGUGGAUUAUUGAUGGGAAUAUCUGGACUUCUGGCGGUGCUGUUGCUGGAAUGGAUAUGUGUGCGCAAUGGAUUAUUGAGAAUUCUGGGCUUGAUGUGCUUACUUUGGGUUCGUCCCUGUUGGAUUAUGAGCCCCGGGAUAUCGAUGGUAUUCUCAACGUCAUUCCCAAGCGGUUUGAUGAGAAUGGAAAGCAGCUACCCACUCACGUCUUCAAGUAG